AUGCUUGUGAAUAGAACUCUGGAAUACAAGAGGCUCACAAAGAGAAAGGACAUUAAAUUUAGCCCACUUUCCACCUCUAGUCUCAGGGGAUCUUUAGACGAUGUGAAACAAAGCAUCUCAAGGCUAGGCAUUAUCCAAGAAAAACAUUGCAUGCCUUCGUUUUCACCAAAAAAGAAGAAGAAGGAUGAGAUCGACGAGGUUAAGAGACACAUAACAGAUCAGAUCCAUCGUGCAGAAAAAGGUAUCGAAGAGAUUGUGAAGUUCUCCAACUCUAAGGUCCUUACAGACUGUAUGCAUGGCUAUUUUGCUGGGCAGCUGAAAGCAAUAAUCCAUGACUAUAGAGGCUUGCAGCAGAAGUUUUUGAAAAAUAUAGACAUUUAUGAUGAGAUAGAUCACGAAGAUGAAGAGAACGACGGGGGCAGUAUGCUGCUUCUUGAGAAUGUAAAGGACUUAAGAAAGUCUAUUUACGACCUUACCUCUGUUCUUUUGGAUAUGAAGAUGGCUGUUGGGCAGCAAUCACUUCAAAUAGAUAGAUUAGACUUUUACCUUGACUCGAUAAACUUUUAUCUUGAAGGAGCUAACAAAGAGCUAGGGAAGAUACCUGGCUCGCAUCGGAGGAUGAAGAACAAAGUAAUAUACUUUAUGCUCCUUCUCUCCAUCGUGCUUGUUCUUAUGUCUAUGCUAAAGAUGGCCAGAAGUAGAUGA